AUGAAAAUUUCAAAAGCGUCCGGGUCGCAUAGAAAGCCUCGCGUUGAUGAAAUAUUAGCACCUAAGUAUUCCCCCGAAGGAAGGGAUAAAGAACUAUACAUUAUUGAGACAAUCGAAGGUCCACAGGUGGCGGAGAAGCACAAAGAUCUUUUCGAUGACAACCUUGGGGAAUUACCAGUCGUUUACUCCAUGAAAGUUGACAGCAACGUAACACCCGUAAUAAACCCACCACGCAAAAUACCAAUCGCAAUGGGAAAAAAUGUGAAAAAAGAGCUUGACAACAUGGUGGAGAAGAAGGUAAUCGCCCCAGUCCCGGAGCCAACUGAGUGGGUAUCGCAGAUGGUGACUACACGAAAGAAAAAUGGCGAAACGCGCAUUUGUCUAGAUCCACGAAACCUGAAUCUAGCUUUGAAGAGAUCUCAUUAUCCAAUGAGAACAGUCGAAAGUGUUGCUGCUCGUAUACCAGGUGCCACAGUGUUUUCUACCUUAGAUGCAAAAUCUGGAUUUUGGCAGAUUACGCUAGACGAGAAGUCAUCGAUGCUGACCACAUUUGGUACACCAUUUGGAAGAUUUCGAUAUCUGCGAAUGCCGUUUGGUAUAAAUACAGCAUCAGAAGUAUUUCAAAGAACAAUGGAACAGUUGUUCACCGGCUACCCUUGUGAGAGCAUUGUUGACGACAUACUAGUUUGGGGACGUGACAUUGCUGAGCACGAUUAUAAUCUCGAGAAAGUAUUGCAGAGAGCAAAGGAAGUUAACUUCAAGAUAAGUACAAAGAAGUGCAAGUUCCGACUCGAAAGUGUUUCAUACGUUGGGCACCAGUUCACCAAAGAUGGUCUCAAGCCAGAAGAAGACAAGAUAAAAGCAAUCAAAGAAAUGCCAGCUCCUGAUGGUCCAAAGGCUUUACAAAGAUUUCUUGGAAUGGUGAAUUACCUGCAUAAAUUCAUCGAUAAUUUCAGUGAAAAAACGGCUCUACUCCGCCAGUUGCUGAACAAAGACACAAAGUGGUCCUGGGAUGUACAUUAUCAAGUGACUUUCGAGAAGCUCAAGAAAGAAAUCAGCAACCCUCCAGUGCUAAAGUUCUUCAAUCCUGCGAGACAAGUUGUCUUAUCCGUCGAUGCUUCCAAGAGUGGUUUAGGAGCAGUCUGUCUUCAAAACGGUUCUCCAGUGGCGUAUGCUUCUCGUGUGAUGACCGAAACGGAAAGUAGGUACGCACAAAUCGAGAAAGAAUUGUUGGCUGCAGUUUUCGCCUGCACAAAGUUUUAUGAUUUCACGUAUGGCAACAAAGUUGUGAUAGAAACUGAUCAUAAACCCCUCAUCGCGAUCGUGAAGAAACCUUUACACGUAGCUCCAGCACGACUCCAACGGAUGCUUCUGCAACUUCAGCGAUAUGACCUGGAAUUUGUCUAG